AUGCUUCUGCGACAAGCCCGCCACAGCCUGGCGCUCAAUUCACGGAAUUGCCUCUCUCGACUGAUACAGCCUGCAUCUAAACUCCCGCCUCCGUUCUCCCUGACCACGACACUCGGCAGGAGAUAUGUUGUCACAAGUGAUGCUCGACCUAGGCGCCGGCGCCUCUCAGAUGCCACACAUCUUCCAGGGGGCGAGCGAAGCCUCGCCACGGCAGUGAGCGACCCAUUCGUCGACAGCCUUUCUUUCGGUCAAAUCCCGAGUCCACAGAUUCCUUUCCAGUCGGAUCACUUCCAACCCUACAUGUUGAAUAGGAUCGACCCCAGCAAUCCCUUAAUAUUGCCAGAACCUGCCCUUGGUCCCAAAAUCAUAGGCAAGAUGAAUAAACACGGCGCUCCCAGCGAGAUCCAGGAUCUUCUCCCUGUCUUCGACGCCUGCCUGCGGGUUGGUAAGCUCGAAAGAGCUGUUGUGGUGCUGAAGCGGCUCAACGCACACCCCUCGCUGUCACCGGAAGAGCACAUCAUCCUUAAUAAUCAAUAUUUACGAGCCGCUCUUGAGCAAAUUCGAGCCAACCCCAGCCAAAACCUGGCCGAAGAGAUCCGCAAAUGGUACGAGACACAAAUUCGAUCGACCUUCCCUCACACCGCCGAGACGAUUGCUUGCAUCUUGAAAGCAUCACUUCUUUCAUCGCGUGGGCCAAGGCUUAGGCGUCUUGUGAAGCGGUAUAUGGACAUGGCCCCUGGUGAGGCCGGCUUGAAGGUCUUGAGAAUGGGAGAUAUCCUGACCGAUCAGGACCUUGCAGUUAUCACGGAUAUUUGCCCCACCUACAAUCUUACUGCGGACCCCGAAAGCUUUGAGGAAACAAUCGAAGAUUCGAGCGAGGCGAGUGCAACAGUUGUUUUGGAAAGCACUCAAGUGUUAAACGAAAUGUCAUCCUAUCCGCAGGUCCAGCCCACCCCACAACGUGGAGAAGGGUUGAACACUCUAAAAUCGGGUAUGUCCCUGCUCGAAGCUUGGGAAGACACCGAUAUUUCCACUCUGCCGCCGGCCGAUCAACGCGAAAUCCAAGUACAAUUAGAACGAGAUGCCAUCACUUCGGCAAUCUCCAAGUGGCGCCAUGACAACCAAAAUCUUUCCAAGAUUGGCAUCAGCACCGCACUCACAGCCAGCAGAGUUGACGGACCAUCGUUGAAAGACCAUCUCGGCUCAUGGUUAGAGGCAAUUGAGCAGAAGUUGGUCCAGGAGCUGGCCCUUGUCGAGGUUUCAGAAGCUCGAGAAACCAAGUCGCAGACGGACUUGGCUAGGUGUAUCUACGGUCCCUUGAUACACCAAGCAAAGCUGGAGAGGCUUGCGGCUGUCACAAUUAUUUCAGUUCUCAACGCUUCGCUCUUGGCCGGCGCUGAUACAGGCCUUCCAGUGUACGCAUUGACUAGGCACAUUGGCAGGGCGGCCCAGGAAGAUAUCAAACAUGCCCAGAAAGAGCAGAAGGAGAAGGCUCAGAGGAAGCGCAAGGUGGAGUGGAAGAAAGCGGCCAAAGCUGCGGCAGCUUCGACGUCCGAGGCACAAUCCCAUGACCUUCAGCCAUUGGUCGAAGAGCACCCGGAGUCUCACAGCCGCCUUAAAGAUGCAAUUCACCAACCAUGGUCCCCAUCCGUGACUACUCACGUCGGAGCUGUCCUCCUCAAAGCUUUUCUCGAUUCCGCUAAGAUCAAGGUUACAAUUGAUCACCCAACAGAAGGAACCAUCUCACAGUACCAACCGGCCUUCACACACACGCAGAUGAUCAGAAAAGGCAAGAAGAUUGGUAGCCUCUUGAUGAACCCUGAACUCAUCCAGUGGAUGAAGAAUGAACCAGUGGGCGACUUCUUGGCCAAGCAUUUGCCAAUGGUUGUUGAGCCCAAGCCAUGGCGACGGUUUGACGAGGGAGGCUACCUUCACAGCAAGGUCAAUCUGGUACGCGUGAAACCUGGCGAUGUUGAACAGAAGAUGUACACAAAUGCAGCUAUCAAGUCAGGGGACCUUAACCAGCUUUGUAAGGGAAUCGAUGUUCUGGGGAAGACAGCCUGGCGAAUCAAUCAACCAGUCCUCAAUGUCAUGAUGGAGGCGUGGAACUCGGGCAAGGAAAUCGCUAACUUCCCACCUCUCGAACCCAACAUAUCAAUACCUCCAGAGCCAGAACAAUCCGAAGAUCCUUCAAUUCACCGGAACUGGGCUCGUUCAGUGAAAGCCGCCCAGAACGAGAUUUCUGGUCUCCAUUCACAGCGUUGUUUCAUGAAUCUUCAGCUUGAAAUUGCCCGCACGUUCCGAAAUCAGCCACUCUACUUUCCCCACAAUGUCGAUUAUAGAGGCCGAGCAUAUCCAAUCCCGGCUUACCUGAACCACAUGGGCGCCGAUCAUACUCGCGGUAUUUUGAGAUUCUCCAAGGGCAAGAAGCUGGGCGAGCGUGGCCUAAGGUGGCUCAAGAUUCAUCUCGCAAACGUGUACGGACUUGACAAGGCCAGUUUCGAUGACCGCGAGGCCUUCGCCAUGGAGAAUAUGGAGAAGAUCAACGACUCGGUGAAGAAUCCCCUCAAUGGGAGCCGAUGGUGGCUGGAAGCCGGAGACCCUUGGCAAUGCCUUGCCGCGUGCUUCGAGCUGAGUGCUGCCUACGAACUACCUGAUCCUACCGAGUAUGUGUCACAUCUCCCAGUUCAACAGGACGGUACAUGCAACGGACUUCAACAUUAUGCUGCCCUCGGUGGUGAUACUUGGGGUGCCCAACAAGUCAAUCUGGAGCCUGGUGACAAACCCGCAGAUGUGUACUCAGCCGUUGCCGAUUUAGUUAAGCAAGCGCUUGCAGAGGAUCUCGCAAACGGAGAUCCGCACGCCAAAGCGCUUGAUGGGAAGAUUACCCGCAAGGUUGUGAAGCAAACAGUCAUGACCAACGUCUACGGUGUCACGUUUUCAGGUGCAAAGAAGCAAAUCUGCAAGCAAAUCGACGCGCUCUACCCAACUCUGGGCGAGGAAUGUGGCAUUCAACACCUGACUCUCGCCACCUAUGUCGCUCGACAUGUCUUCAACGCUCUCGCAACCAUGUUUCGCGGUGCUCAUGAUAUCCAGUACUGGCUAGGUGAAGUUGGCGGUCGAGUCUGCCAAGCUCUCACUAGUUCACAACUUGACCAGAUUGCCCAUGCUUACAGUGCAGGCAAGCCAUCGAAUGGAGCCCAAUCGAAGGGACAGGCCAAAAAACAAUUGACUGAGCUUGAGAACAACUUUCGAUCGACAGUCGUCUGGACAACACCUCUGCGAUUUCCUGUUGUGCAGCCAUAUAGAAAGUCGACGGUCAAAGAGGUCAAAACCAGUCUCCAGGCCAUCACAUACACAAGAACCCACCAGACCGACCCUGUCAACCGCAGGAAACAGCUUCAAGGAUUUCCUCCAAACUUUAUCCACUCGCUCGACGCGAGCCACAUGCUUCUGUCGGCUUUGAAGUGCGACGAGCAAGGCCUGACCUUUGCUGCUGUGCACGAUUCCUUCUGGACCCACGCCGCUGAUGUCGAUAAGAUGAACUCAACCCUCAGAGAAGCGUUCGUUCAAAUUCACGAAGAUGAUGUUAUCGGACGUCUGGCAGCCGAGGCCAAGGCGCGGCACAACGGUUCCCUGUAUCUUGUUCGCCUUGACCCCAAGUCUCCUGUAGCGAAGAAGAUUAUGGAUCUUCGAAAUUCGAGCAAGCUCUCCAGCGUCGAGGAGCUUCUUUUGGAACACAAGCGCAACACUCUUCGACUCUCGGGCAAUCCUUGGGAUUUGGAGGCAGCGGAGAAGAUUGUGACGCCAUCAACUGUCUACCAGGACAUGAAAGCCACCGAGGAGGAUCUCAGCGUUAAACAAGCCGUCCAGGAGAUCAGCUUGGGCCGCAUCCCGUCAAAUGCAGCAUCGACGGAAGGUGAGAAGGAGGAGGAUGAGGCUGUGGCCAGAGACGAUGAUGACUUAGAUAAGUCAGCGACCAACCACUUUGCGACUGGACCUCACUUUGUUCCCGUAUGGCUGCCAAUGACAUUCCCAGCCAUUCCGAAGAAGGGUGAUUUUGACGUCAAGCGUCUCCGAGACAGCCAGUACUUUUUCUCCUAA